AUAAUUAUUUUUUAACCAUACAAAAUAACAGUGAAGCUCAAUCCUGUUUUAAUUAAUUCAUUUGUUUUGAAUAUUUUAAUGCAAUUGUUUCCGAUCUCCUUUAGGAAAACCAAAUUAAAAAACUAACUUAGUAACAAAUGAACCAUGAAUACAUUAAUGACAUUUUGUCCAUAUUUCGAUAUUUCAACUUUUAAUAGAAAAGGACAGCAGACAUCAGAGAAACUGAGAAAAUGUAUUUUAAAGUAUUUAUUACUACUGUUGUUUAAGCAGUUAACUUAACAGUUCUUCUGUGAUUGUUUUGUCUGAAGCUAACAUCUUUUUAAUCAGUAUAAAUCCUCGUGAGUAGCGAUGGCCUGUUUCCGUGGCAACUGGGAUGAAUUGUACGGGGAAGUCCUCCUGUUGGACGAGAGGAAGAUUUACGGUGAGCUUUAAGGUUAAUUUGUAUUUGAACACCUGUUCUUUUCACUUUUCUUUGUUAUCAUUUAUUUUCUGAUGAAGCAAAAUCAGUUUCUUCUUCUUCCAUCUUGAACCAGGUGUUCUCCUACCUGGACGUCCUUGACGUGAAGUUUUUCGGUUUGAGGUUCUGUGAACCGCAGACGGUGGGAAGAGUUUCCUGUGAAUACAGACGGUUAUUUCCAUAUAAGGGAAUGUGGUAUUUAUUUUAGGGUAAAAACUACCAAACGGUGCAAAUCAACUUCAAGCCCCCUAAAAUCACUCUGGGUCCUUAUUUUGAAAAGCCAUGAAAAAGUGCAUUCUGAACAAUAUGAAUAAUUGACCUGUGUUUUUGCUUCUAACAGCACUGGUUGGAUCCUUUAAAAACUAUUUCACAGCAUCGACACCUCGCAGCGUCUCUCGUCCUCAGGCCCAGCGUCUCCUUCUGUCUCUCUGCAGAUGUUCGGAGUCUGUCUCUUCGCCGCCUACGUAAGACAACCGAUCGCUGAUCAAUACAGGCACCUCUUCCCGCCUGGUUCCACCUCUCGGUACACGAGAACGUCUUUAUUCUCUCUUCAGGAGACGAAUCAUUGGCUUUAUAGAAUUAUAUCAAAAAUAUUCACAUGCCUUUAAAGAGUUUUAACUGAACCGUACUUCACAUCACAGGUCAUCUAGCUGACGCUUUCAUCCAAAGAGACUUACGUUACAUUUUUGCCCGGGGAGCAAUUGGGGGUCAGGUGUCUUGCUCAGGGACACUUUCACUUGGGACGUCAGCCGGGACUCAAACCACCAACUGUGUGAUCUUAUCUCCACCGUAACGACCUCCUGGACCACCAGGCUUCAGGGCCGUUCCACAGAGACUCUCUUAAAUUAGUUAUGUUGGUGUUAUUUUGGACUUACCACUGUUUGAGUUUGUAUCUAAUAAUGUCUACUUGUCUACUUGUGGGCGUAGGAAGCACCUGACGGAGCCGGCGGUUUGAUUGACACACGGAGGAGAUAUCGUAUAAGAGAGUGAGGAAAGGAAGGAGGUGCAGAGAGAGGAAAGAAGGAAAUGAAGGAAGGGAUUGAGGAAAUUCUUUUUUUCUUUUUUGUGCCUCGCAGGGUCUCAGGUGAGCCAAUCAGAAUGCAACGUUAUCAAAGAGGGCGAGUACAUGGCCGCUGGGCGUCGGCUUCAGACCUCCAUCCCAAGAUGGACCUGGUUCCUCCUCUUCCCGUUACCAAGGCAACUGACACGUACCCACAAGUCGCUGAGGCCUCGGACGACACACCUGUCACUCAAAGAGGCCACGCCCCUCCACCAUGACUGACUUCCAGCAUUAAUACUGUUGAUAUUGUUGAAUUAUGAUCAAAUUCGAGCUGCAGGGGGAAAAAAUGUCUUCACCGACCAGAUGAUGUCGUCUCCCUCAGGAAAACACCGGUAGCUCUGUUGAAAAGUACUAAAAGAUCUCCAGUAAAUUCUGCAUGUUAACAGCUAGAGAAGUAAAACAGCUUCAUUUGUCAGUAACACGUUUAUGAGAAACAUCAACUAAAGCUGAAGCUUCUUUUCUCUUGUUCCCCGUAGACGUGACGAUGAUGUCUCACAGUAACAGAACGGAGACAGGAAGCGCAUCAACACACGAGGGCGACAUGCCGCCCCCCCGCUGCCUCCGGCUGCUGCUCUGCUGCAUCCUGCUGGUUCUGUUGGUCCAGUUUCCUCAGACCCGGUCCUCACCGGCCACCGAGGACACGGAUACAGCCAACACGGGGAAAUCUUCUGAAGACGAGGAGGAAGACGAGUCAUCUUCGGAAGAGAACAAACUGUCCAACGAGUUGUCGACGAGCAACGAGAAGCUCCAAGCGUCGGCGCCUCUGUGGGUGAACGCGGAGAAGAUGGAGAAGAAGCUGCACGCCGUCCCCGCCAGCCAGACGGUAAAGUUCCGUUGCCAGGCGACGGGAAACCCAGUUCCCUUGUUGCGCUGGUACAAGAACGGGAAGGUUUUCAGGAAGGACCAAAGGAUCGGUGGCUUCAAGAUCAGAGACCACAUGUGGACUCUGAUAAUGGAGUCUGUGGUCCCGUCGGAUAAAGGGAACUACACUUGUGUGGUGGAGAAUGAAUAUGGGAGCCUCAAGCACACCUACCUGCUGGACGUAGUUGAGCGCUCCCCCCACAGGCCGAUCCUGCAGGCCGGUCUGCCGGCCAACCAGACGGCGCAGGUCGGCCGUAACGUGGAGUUUGUGUGCCGCGUGUUCAGUGACCCGCAGCCUCACAUCCGGUGGCUCAAACACAUCACCGUCAAUGGCAGCCGAGAGGCCCCGGAUGGACACCCGUACAUCCUGGUCCUCAAGACGGCGGGCUUGAACACAACGGACAAAGAGAUGGAGGUUCUGACCCUGAGGAAUGUGACACCGGGCGACUCAGGCGAGUACACCUGUAUGGCGGAAAACUCCAUCGGCGUCUCUCAUCACUCCGCCUGGCUCUCAGUGGUCGACGAAGUGCCUCCCGCCCUGCUGCCCUCUCAGACAUACCUGGAGAUCUUCAUCUACUGCUUGGGCUUCUUCAUCAUCGUCAUCGUGGUGGCCACGGCGGUGGUCUGCCGGCUCUGCUGCGCCCCGAAGAAGAGCGACUUCAGCGGGCCACUGGCGGUCCAGAAGUUGGCCAAGAGCAUCCCGCUGAGGAGACAGGUGUCGUUGGAUUCCUCGUCCUCCCUCCAGUCCGGGAUGUGUUUGGUGCGCCAGUGUCGUCUCUCCAGCGGCGCGACCACCAUCCUGACAGGGAUGUCGGAGUACGAACUCCCCUACGACUCCGCCUGGGAGCUUCCUCGUGACAGGCUGACCCUGGGGACGCCUCUGGGCGAAGGCUGUUUCGGUCAGGUGGUUCUGGCCGAGGCCGUCGGGCUCGACAGGAAUAAACCGACGCGUCUCUCUAAGGUGGCCGUGAAGAUGCUGAAAGCGGACGCCACGGAGAAGGACCUGUCCGACCUGAUCUCUGAGAUGGAGAUGAUGAAGAUGAUCGGCAAGCACAAGAACAUCAUCAACCUGCUGGGCGCGUGCACUCAGCGCGGCCCCCUGUACGUGGUGGUGGAGUACGCCUCCCAGGGGAACCUGAGGGAGUUCCUCCGGGCUCGCCGACCGGUCGGGUUGGAGUACUGGAGCGGGCCGAGGCAGGCGACCUUGGGGAGGCUGGAGGUCAGGGAGCUGGUGUCGGCUGCGUACCAGGUGGCCCGAGGGAUGGCCUACCUGGCCUCCAAGAAGUGUAUCCACAGAGACCUGGCAGCCAGGAACGUGUUGGUCACAGAGGACGACGUCAUGAAGAUCGCUGACUUUGGUCUCGCUCGAGACGUCCACCACAUCGACUACUAUAUGAAGACCCCCAAUGUAAGAGUGGAUGUCCUCCUGUCUUCACGUCCUCAUAUCCUCACGUCUUCAUGUCCUUGUGUCCUCCUGCUCAGGGUCGUCUCCCGGGGAAAUGGAUGGCACCUGAAGCUUUAUUUGACCGCGUCUACACACAUCAAAGCGACGUGUGGUCCUUCGGAGUCCUGCUGUGGGAGAUCUUCACCCUGGGCGGGUCCCCGUACCCCGGGGUCCCCGUGGAGGAGCUCUUCAAGCUGCUGAAGGAGGGCCACCGCAUGGAGAAACCCUCGGCCUGCACGGAGGAGCUGUACAUGAUGAUGAGGGACUGCUGGGCCGCCGUCCCGUCUCGCAGGCCCACGUUCCUCCAGCUGGUCGAAGACCUGGACCGCACGCUGUCUCUCAUGGCCAACCAGGAGUACCUGGAGCUCGCCGUUCCUCUGGUCCAGUAUUCUACGGUCACCUCCACCUCCUCGGCUGGUUCCUGUAGCUCCACGUAGGCGUCCUGGGACUUUUUUUUCCUUCAUCUCGUGUCCUCUGCUGGGACGAGGCCGGCGGCUCGAGGAGACUCAGACGAAGCUUCGUUGUCGUUUAUCCUGAUGUGAGGAACAGCUGGACGGAGCUGGACUCCCCAGUUGGGCCUCAGGAAACAGCAUCUCAUCCACACGGAGAGUCCAGCGGAGAGGACGUGAGAGCUGCUGCUGUGCUGCUCAUUGCAUCCGUGCUUUGGUUAUGUUAAUACAAAUAACAAUAAUAAUAGAAAUGUGUCAUCAGUGGGAAUAUUGUACUAUACUAUUCUUUUAUGUGGAAGACCAAACUGGAUUUAAAUGAGAAAUAUUGACAGUAAUAAAGGGGGAAACAGAAGAGUGAAUUAAAAUGCACAAUUAAAUCUAAAAACGUGUAAUAAACUUUACUUUUUAUUUGUCCACCAACAAGUUAUUACUCAUUUAUAGAUGUAUUCAUUUAUUUUGCACCAACAUGUAUUUCUCCGCAGUAAAAGAUGAUACACUUCAACAUUGCACUUGUCGUCCCGCUGGUUGCUGCCUGCCAGAAACGCUUCUAGUUGAAUGUGUAACGUUAACUAGUUAACAACUGUAUUAAAAAUAUUUUUGGAAUUUU